CCACGCGAGACGGCCCCGUACACGGGACUGUUCCAUCGAUCCCCCCAUUGAGCUCGAGUGUUCAGCACGUUCCCGAACAGGGAGAGCUCGCGAGAAGGGAGCCCGACCGGCCGGCAUGAUGGGCGGCACGAGGCCACGCCGCGCGGUGCUGCUGCUGCUGCUCUUGCUCGUCGGCGUGGCUGCUCCAGCGGCUUCAGGCGUCGUCACCGAUGGCCUGUUACCAAAUGGCAACUUUGAGCAGGGACCGGACGAGUCCCAGAUGAGCGAUACCAGGGUGAUGAGCCCAAGCGCCAUACCACACUGGGAAAUCUCCGGGUUCGUGGAGUACAUCGGGUCCGGGCAGCAGCAGGACGACAUGAUCCUGCCGGUGCCGGAAGGCGCGCGCGCCGUGCGGCUGGGCAACGACGCGACCAUCCGCCAGCUGCUGAGCGUGACCCAGAAGGCGUCCUACUCCAUCACCUUCUCCGCGGCGCGCACCUGCGCCCAGGCUGAGCAGCUCAACGUGUCCGUCGGCCCGGAGUCCGGCGUCCUCCCCAUCCAGACCGUGUACACCAGCAGCGGCUGGGACUCCUACUCCUACGCCUUCAGGGCCAGGCACAGCACCGUGUGGCUCUCCAUCCACAACCCCGGCCACGAGGACGACCCGGCGUGCGGCCCCCUCAUCGACUUCAUCGCCAUCAAGACCCUCAGCCCUCCGCGCCGCGAAAAGGGUAACAUGUUGAAGAACGGAGACUUCGAGGAGGGCCCGUUCAUCUUCCGGGACACGCCGUGGGGCGCGCUGGUGCCGCCGAUGGAGGAGGACAAGGUGUCGCCGCUGCCGGGGUGGAUGGUGAUGUCGGACACGAAGGUAGUCAAGUACGUGGACGCGGGGCACCACGCGGUGCCCCGCGGCGCGCGCGCCGUGGAGCUGGUCGCCGGCAGCGAGGUCGCGCUGCUGCAGGAGGUGCGCACCGUGGCCGGCCGGACGUACAGGCUGUCCUUCUCCGUCGGGGACGCGGGCAACGGCUGCGCCCAGCCCCUGGCCGUGAGGGCGUCCGCGGCGUCCUCGAGCCUGGCGGUGACGUACGAGUCCCGGGGCACGGGCGGGUCCCGGCGCGGCGAGCUCGAGUUCGCGGCGGCCGCGGACGUCACCCGCAUCGUGUUCCAGAGCAUGAACCACCACAUGAAGCCCGACGGGACGCUGUGCGGGCCGGUCGUGGACGACGUCUCCCUCGUUGGCGCGAGCAAGCGCGCGGCGCGCCGGUUGUUCAUGUAGUUCCAUUUCGCCGCGUGCCGCGCGGAAACUUUGUAGCAGCUUUGCCUGAUCAGCGGUUAAGGUGCAUCCAUGGGCAGAAUCUGCUCCGGCACUAUGUAACCCAUAUGAUCACCAUUUUCGACCUUUGGAAAUCUUGUUUGUCAGUAGUAAUUCAGGUAGAGGCAGGGUUUACGCA